AGAGAGAUUUGGACAUGAAGAGUUGAAGAUAAGGCCAAAGAAGUCAUUUGGAUGCCCCUCCUAAAACCCACAAACCCACCACUUUCAUCAGGGAAAAAUCACAGAGACAGUAGACGGUCAGUCAUGGCUUCAAUCUCUCUCUCAUUCUCAUCUUCACUCAUCAACAACACCUCUUUCCCCUCCACCAACCUCAGACCCCAUCACCCAAAACCAUCUACCUUCAUCCACUGUGCAUUUGCACCACCUCCACCCAAAACCACCACCACCACUUCAUCUUCAUCAUCUUCAGUGGCCAAAAAGAAGCACUGGAAGCAAGGUGAGUUCCCUGGGUUUUCAGAAACCUCAAUAUAUGGUACUUCAAAGAGGAAGACACCUCUCAAGAAUGUGAAGAAGAAAUUGGACCGCAAGAACAACGCCAAGGCCUGGGCUAACACUGUCACUGAAACCUUGUCUGAACUUAUCCAAAAGAAACAAUGGCUCCAAGCCCUUCAGGUUUUUGAGAUGCUCAGAGAACAACCCUUUUAUCAACCUAAAGAAGGGACUUACAUGAAGCUCCUUGUUUUGCUUGGAAAAUCUGGCGAACCCCAUCGUGCAAGACAACUUUUUGAAGAAAUGGUUGAAGAAGGAUUGGAACCUACUUCUGAACUUUACACAGCUUUACUUGCGGCGUAUUGUCGGAAAAAUCAAAUUGACGAGGCAUUCUCAAUUCUUAAUCAAAUGAAGACCCUCCCCCAUUGUCAACCUGAUGUUUUUACUUACAGUACCUUGAUAAAACCUUGUGUGGAUGCUUGUCAAUUUGAACUAGUUGAGUCCUUGUAUGAAGAAAUGGCUGAAAGGUUAAUAACUCCAAACACAGUCACACAGAACAUUGUGUUAAAUGGUUAUGGUAAGGCGGGGAAAUUUGACCAAAUGGAAAAGGUGCUAUCAGGGAUGCUGGAGAGCAGAACAUGUAAACCUGAUGUCUGGACAAUGAACACUAUCCUUAGUGUGUUUGGUAACAAGGGUCAGCUUGAUAUGAUGGAGAAAUGGUAUGAGAAAUUUCGCAAUUUUGGGAUUGAGCCUGAAACACGCACUUUUAAUAUCCUGAUUGGUGCUUAUGGGAAAAAACGAAUGUACGACAAAAUGUCAUCUGUGAUGGAAUACAUGAGGAAGCUUCAAUUUCCAUGGACAACAUCUACUUACAACAAUGUGAUCGAGGCUUUUGCAGAUGCUGGGGAUGCAAAGCACAUGGAGUACACAUUUGAUCAGAUGCGUGCUGAGGGUAUGAAAGCAGACACCAAGACUUUCUGCUGUCUUAUUAAUGGAUAUGCCAAUGCAGGUCUCUUCAAUAAGGUGAUUAGCAGUGCACAGUUAGCUGGGAAGUUUGAGAUACCUGAGAAUGCCUCUUUUUAUAAUGCGGUUAUAUCAGCUUGUGCAAAGGCAAAUGAUUUGAUGGAAAUGGAGAGAGUUUUUACGCGGAUGAAAGAUAAGCAAUGUCAACCAAAUUCCACAACAUACUCUAUCAUGGUCGAGGCAUAUAGAAAGGAAGGUAUGAAUGACAAGAUCUAUGAUUUGGAGCAGGAGAUGAUGGCAGAUGUUCAUAAAAGUGAUGAUGCCGUUGAAAUUGACUCUAUGGUUGACAUCGAUUGAAAACAUAACAUAACUGCUUGUUUUUUAUCUUCUACCUUUUUGUGGGUCUAGCUGAAUUGUUCUUAUGAUGAGGCACUGGGCACUACCAGCGGGUUACUGAUUGAUCAGCUUCGGAUGGAUAACAACAAUUGCUGUGUGUCUGCAAGUCUUUCUGAAGUACCGUAUAACCCUUUAAACAUCCCUGAUAUAUGAGGGGGAAUAAUCUUGGUACCUUUUGUACAUAGUUGAUGUGUUAAUAGACAUGAUUAGUCCCUCUUUGCAAACUUGAGGUGAUUCUUUAAUUGUUUUGAAAUUUCAACUCUUUUUUUUUUUUUUUUUU